AUGUCUUCCAAAUACGCUGCAGCCCACCAGUCCCCUCAAGGACCCGGUGACGCCCGCCCAACCGCUCUCCAAAUCAUCAAAGACCAAAACCUCGAAGACAAGCUCUCCGACAAAACCAUCCUAAUCACCGGCUGCUCCUCCGGACUAGGUGUCGAGACCGCGCGCGCACUCCACAUCACCGGUGCAACCCUCUACCUAACCGUCCGCGAUGUCAAAAAGGCAGAGGCCAAUCUCGGCGACUUAGCCAAGAGCCCUCGAGUCCAUUUUCUUCACUUGGAACUGAACACCCUGGACUCCCUCAACAUCCUCAUCGAGAAUGCUGGCGUCAUGGCGUGCCCGGAAGGCCGAACAAUAGACGGCUUUGAGACUCAAAUCGGCAGCAACCACCUCGCGCACUUCCUUCUCUUUUACCUUCUGAAGCCCACCCUGCUGGCUUCGUCAACACCCGAAUUUAACUCCCGUGUCGUGAUCCUUUCCUCCGCCGCUCACAGAAUUUCAAGCGUCCACCUCGACAACCUCAGUCUCGAGGGCGAAUACGAGCCCUGGAAGGCAUACGGCCAGAGCAAGACUGCAGGGAUCUGGGUCGCUAACGAGAUUGAGAGACAGUACGGUGCUCAGGGCCUUCAUGCUUUUAGUUUGCAUCCGGGUGGCAUCAAUACGGAUCUCCAGCGCCAUACUUCGCAGGAGCAGCAGACAGCUUGGAGUCAAGAUGAAACACUGAUAAAGAUUUUCAAGAGUCCGCAACAGGGUGCUGCCACGACUGUGCUGGCGGCUGUCGCCAAGGAACUUGAGGGCCAGGGAGGGAAGUACUUGGAGGACUGUCAGAUUUCUGAGCCAUAUGACCCUAGUAAUGGUCUCUGGGGUCCGGGGUAUGCUUCUUGGGCGUAUGAUGUGGACGGAGAGAGGAAGUUCUGGAAGUUGAGCUUGGAGUUGGUCGGCCUGAAAGAUGAGUAA